CUUAUAAAAAAAAUGAUAUAUGUAAAUUUUUUGAUGAUGGUAACGGCGAUAUGGUUCGUGACCAUGAGUUACGGUUAUGGAGCCGAGGCACCAACCAAUGGUGAUGCAGCCAAUUCACUUGGAGGUGACGCCUUCAACAAUGGUUGGGAUAACGCACGAGCCACAUUUUACGGUGACAUUCAUGGUGGAGGCACUCAACAGGGAGCUUGUGGAUAUGGUAAUCUAAACAAACAAGGCUAUGGUCUAGCAACGGCAGCGUUGAGCACAGCACUCUUCAACAAUGGGUACACGUGCGGGGCUUGUUUCGAGAUCAUGUGCACGCAGGAUCCAAAAUGGUGUUUGCCCGGAUCCAUUAAGAUUACAGCUACAAAUUUCUGUCCAGCAAACUACACCAAGAAGACAGACAUUUGGUGCAACCCACCACAGAAACACUUUGAUCUCUCCCUACCAAUGUUCCUCAAGAUCGCCAAGUACAAAGCCGGGGUUAUUCCGGUUAGAUACAGACGUGUUCCUUGUGUGAAAACCGGCGGUGUCAAGUUCGAAAUCAAGGGAAACCGUUAUUUCUUAAUGAUCUUGCCGUACAAUGUAGGAGGGGCUGGAGAUAUUAAGGCCAUGCAGAUUAAAAGAAGCAGAACCGGAUGGAUUACGAUGAAGAAGAAUUGGGGACAGAACUGGACCACCAAUGUUGUAUUGACCGGACAAGGUUUAUCAUUCAGGAUUAUGACGAGUGAUGGGGUUAGUAAAGAUUUUAUUAAUGUGGUACCAAAGAAUUGGGGAUUUGGUCAGACUUUUGAUGGAAGGAUUAACUUUUAGGAGACUGUUUUGUGUUUUGGUUAGCUAAG